AUGUGGGGCUGCGUGAAGGAAUCCUUCUUGAGCCCUUUGUCUGCGGCCCUUUUGAAAGUCCGGAAGGCAAUCCAGGUAUUCUGGAGUAAGAAUGGCCUCUUGACGCUCUCCUUGCUUUCAGUAGUCACUGGCUGCCUCUUAGGCUUCCUGCUGAGGACACUGGAGUUGACGGAUCUGGAGAAGCAGUACUUCUCUUUCCCUGGAGAGCUCCUGAUGAGGAUGUUAAAGAUGCUAAUUUUGCCACUGAUCACCUCCAGCUUGAUGUCUGGCCUGGCCACCAUGGACUCCAGAGUCUGCGGGAAGAUGGGGAUCAUCACCCUCACAUACUACCUCUGGACGACCUUCCUGGCCGUCACCACUGGGAUUAUCUUGGUGACCAGCAUCCACCCGGGGGCUGCUGCCCAGAAGGAAGAGUACACGGUCAGCAAGGUGGUGCUAAGCUCAGCAGAUGCUUUGCUGGACCUUAUCAGAAAUAUGUUUCCUUCCAACCUCAUUGAGGCUUCAUUCCAGCAGUACCGAACAGUCCUCGUCCCAGUAGCGAAAGCCUCUGGAUUCCCAAAGAUCCCACUGAAGUCUCUGAAUUAUGUUUAUUUUGCACCGGAUGCUGAAAACCCCAAGGUCCAUCAGCCUGUGCUCCUUGAAAUCACACCAUCUCCGGAAAUGACCUACCGGACCCUCCCUGGCACCAACAGUGAGAUGAACGUAUUGGGUAUUGUUAUCUUCUCAGCCACGAUCGGACUCCUUUUGGGGAAGAUGGGUGACCGUGGGACCCCCCUCGUCAACGUGUGCCAGUGUCUGAAUGAGGCAGUGAUGAAGAUCGUCUCCAUGGCUGUCUGGUACUUCCCUUUCGGCAUUGUCUUUCUGAUUGCUGGGAAGAUCUUGGAGAUGGAGGACCCCAUCAUGAUUGGGAGGAAACUGGGUCUCUAUGCCAUGACGGUAGUGACUGGGCUGGCUAUCCACGGCUUUGUCUUCUUGCCCAUAUUGUUUGUGGCCAUCACCAAGAAAAACCCCUUCCCUUUCAUCCGGGGGAUGCUGCAAGCCCUGCUGAUUGCUCUGGCAACCUCAUCCAGCUCCGCCACACUGCCCAUCACCUUGAAGUGUCUUCUUGAAAACAACAGGAUUGACAGGCGUGUGGCCAGGUUUGUCCUCCCGGUUGGUGCCACCAUCAAUAUGGACGGGACGGCCCUCUAUGAGGCGGUGGCCGCCAUCUUCAUAGCCCAAGUCAACGAAUUCGACUUGGACUUGGGACAGAUCAUAACCAUCAGCAUCACAGCCACGGCAGCGAGCAUUGGGGCGGCCGGGAUCCCACAGUCAGGGCUUGUCACGAUGGUCAUUGUGUUAACAUCUGUCGGCCUUCCCACUGAAGACAUCACCCUGAUCAUUGCUGUCGACUGGGCUUUGGAUCGAUUACGCACCAUGACCAAUGUCCUGGGCGAUGCUCUGGCAGCAGGAAUCAUAGCCCACAUCUGCCGGGAAGAUUUUACUCCGCGGUCACCCAAACAAGAUUCCGGGAGCACUAAAGACAAGCCUGUUCUGGCAGAGGCUACCCUGAUCUAUCCCAAAGACCAUGUGAUGGAGAUCAUCGAAGAGGUUUUAUCGGAACGGACAGGCAACAAUUACAACAUCUGCCAGGUGUGA